GGAAUUAUUUUAAUGAUUUGGGGGAAGGAGGGAUGUCUUGUAAUUUGAAUGUGGAAGGAACGGCCGCAGCGAAUCAGCUCCCAUAAACAACUAAGAGAAAAGGAUUUUAAAAUACAAAAGCAGUAUAAAAAGAACGAAGAACACGAUGUGUUGCUUUUUUUUAUAUUCCCGAAAUCGAUCUUCCUCUUGCCCUUCUCGCUCGCUUCCCCCGUGAGCUUUGACUCCCCGGCGCUGUUCUCUCUGUCUCCGUAGCUUCAGCAAGCCCUAGAAUCUGAACUCCCAAUCACCGGCGCACUCUCUAGGACCACAGUUGGAGCUGCCGUCUGUCUCCCAUGGCAGCGCCGAGCUUGUUCUGGAGCUGGUUUGCUCCAGUUACCCUAACCCUAACCCUCAUCAUCUCCGUAGUUUCAGUGGUUCGGGCGAACUCCGAAGGGGAUGCUCUGUACACUUUGCGCCGAAGCUUGUCAGAUCCCGAUAACGUGCUUCAGAGCUGGGAUCCGAACCUCGUCAAUCCCUGUACUUGGUUCCACAUCACCUGCAACCAGGAUAAUCGCGUUACUCGCGUGGACUUGGGUAAUUCAAAACUUUCUGGUUAUUUGGUACCUGAACUUGGGAAGCUUGAACAUCUGCAAUAUCUGGAGCUUUACAAAAACAACAUUCAAGGAGGUAUACCAACUGAACUUGGGAAUCUGAAGAGCCUGAUCAGUUUGGAUUUGUAUAACAACAACAUCUCUGGAAUUAUUCCUCCUUCACUGGGGAAAUUGAAGUCUCUGGUUUUCUUACGGCUCAAUGACAACCGUUUAAGUGGACAAAUCCCAAGGGAACUUGUUGGUCUUAAAAGCCUUAAAGUAGUGGAUGUCUCAAACAACAAUCUGUGCGGAACAAUUCCAACCACUGGGCCAUUCGAGCACAUCCCAUUGAACAAUUUUGAAAAUAAUCCUCGACUAGAAGGUCCAGAGUUGCUGGGCCUUGCAACUUAUGAGACGAACUGCUCAUGAAGUGAAGAAGGGUUCAAAGGUGAUACAGCAAAAUCUCACAUCUUUCUUGGGGGAUUAGGUAUGUACUUCAAAAAUUGAGUUGUAUUAUCUAACAAUGUAAUUUCGAAGUGUAUUGCCUUAUACAAUGUAUAAUGGAAUUGGUUGCAACUCCAAUCUUUCGCAUACUAAUACUUGUAAAUCUAUACAUAUUGCUAAAAUGCAUUGUCAUUUGUAACCGCAUUGACAUUGCUAUUUCUGUUAAAGAUGUGGUUUCGUUUUGGAA